UCUUCUCAGCAUUAGCAGAAUUCCCGGAAAGUGACACAACAGCAAUAAAAUCUAAUGAAGAAAAAGUAUUAUCGAGAGAAGCACAGAGAAAAGGACUUCUGUGAAGUAAAUCAGUAUUGUGGUGUAACAGCUUUAACAAGCUCUUGCAUGAAAUCUACUCGCUGGAAAUCAUCAUGGAGACAAAUCACUGUGUUUUCCAUGUGUUUCUCUGCAUAUCUCUGAUCUUGACACAAUGGGACACAAGUUCAGCUUGCCAGUCAGGCUCUCAGGAAGAAUGUGAGAAAGCCCCGUUUGUGCCUGGUUACAACCUGGCGGGCGAAGGAUUUGACAUUGUCAGGAUGCGCCGUAAAGGGGCCUUUUUGAUCAAUGUCAAGUCACACAUGGUCAACGGCACUUGUACGGUCUGCAAGAACCGCUUCCAGGGAGGCCAGAUGCAGAAACUUCCCUCAGCUGUGCGGGACUGGCGUCCGUUCAGUCGCUGCAGCAAACAGCUUUCUAGUACUCUUCAUCAUUCUGUUGACUCCCUGAUGAAGAGUUCAACAUCACUCAUCAAUAAAUGGGAAAUGGACCUUAGCCUGGAUGACAUAGGAAAAGUGAUUUUGGGGGGGAGCCGUUCAGAUAUUGCUCAAUUUGCCCAAUUUCAGAAUGCAGUGGAUAAAUCAACAUUUGCCAUCCAUGAUAUCAGCUGCACAUAUUACAGCUACAGAGUUACAGACCACCCAGAACUCAGCACUGAAUUCUCAAAACAUCUCCAGCAGCUUCCAACAAUAUAUGAUGUCAAUACAAAAGCCCUGUACCGAAGGACUAUAGGUACAUAUGGCACUCACUACAUACGUCAAGUUCAUCUGGGAGGGCGAGUGAGGCGGGUCACGGCUUUUCGGACUUGUCUUGCAACCCUGAAGGGCUUCUCAGAGACUGAUAUCAAGAACUGCCUAAACAUUGAGUUAAAGAUGAAUCUGGGGUUCCUGCCAGCUAAUAUCUCGCUUUCCAACAAAUGCUCUCAAAUUCUUAAAGAUAACAUGAACAUGGGAUUCCACCAGGGCUUCAUGACACACAAGACAGAGGUGCUGGGAGGUGAGAAAUACUUCCCAGACCUUGUUUUAAACCAAAGCCCAGCUGAAGCAUACUCCAACUGGAUGAUGAGCUUGCAUGACAAUCCUGAAGUCAUAUCAUAUGCAAUUCUCCCUCUCCAUCAUCUGGUGGCUGAUCCUGAGGUUAGUGGCAAUCUCAAAAGAGCAGUAACAGAGUAUAUUGAAGAGAACAUGCUUUAUGUAGAUCCCAAGGAGAAUCAAGAAUGCUCACAAACACCAAAUCUGGACCACAACUGCUGUCCUAUGCAAACCGGCCGUGGCAAUUUAGUAGUAUAUGUGCGAAGAGCCACAGGCAUGAAUGAAGAUUAUUUCUCAGCCACCGAUGGUUUUGUGAAAAUCUGGUACAAUGGUGUGUAUGAGGAAACUGAGGUGAUUAUGGACAAUAAUAAUCCAGUAUGGAACACCAUCUUUGAUUUUGGAUCAAUUGAGUUUGGUCAUAGACUAAAAUUUGAGGUUUGGGACAGUGAUGUAAAUUUUGAUGACUUUGUGGGGGGAUGUGAGUUCAGACCUGAACAUGGGAUUCACUCCCACAGCUGUCAGUUACAGAGAGGCAUCUUUUAUUUCACCUACAUGGCUUCCUGUGAUGCUUACCUGACAGGACCCAGGUGUAGCAGAUAUUUGCCACAAACUUAAGGCCUACAUUGUAAGAAAUUUUUCAGCAUAAUGUCUGUGUGUGUGUACAGUAGGUUAUUUUAACCUACAGUAUUUACAGAAUUACUACUAGCCAUUUUAUUAUGUCAUGUAUUAAUGUGUAGCUGUAGAAGCUAAUAAAACAAUUGCAACGCAAAACGUUCAUGUAGGCCUAUUUUUUUUCUUCCUUUUUUUGACAAGUAACCUUGUAUUGUAGUGCGAGCAGUGACAACACAUCAAAAGCAAAAAUAUACAAUUCCUUUAGAAGUGAUCUUGUAAUAAUACAUCUGUUCUUCAGGUGACUCUGCAAAAUGUAAUCUGUCACCAGUUUCCCACUGGAGACGUGUGAGGGCUAAUUAUUAUUUAUAUUAACAUAUGUACUCUAGAGAUUCUUCUUCAAAUCCUACUUCUUUGACCAUAAUCAAUUUGUAGCAGUUAAUAUAAAAAAUCAUAUUGAUCACAAGGUCAGUACAUCUCAGUAGUGAGACUUUACUUUUCAUCCUGUACAUGCUAUUGGGAGAUAUGAUUAUUACUGACUUGUGACAUACCCUGGGAUUAAAUCACACCAUGUUUGUCUGUCUGGUCCCCAACUGAAAAUGGUUUCUCAAGGUUUUUUCUUGAUUUCUGUCGCCAAUGGAGUUUGGGUUCUUUGCCACUGAUGCGUUUUGGCUUGCUUAGAUGGGGACACUUAAUAUUAUUCACUUGACUGCACAGGCACUAUUGGCUGAGAACUUAUCUGAGAUGGAUGAUAUGACUCCAAAGUUGGUUUAUAGAGGAAUUAAACAUUUCAUAUUUGAUUUACUGAAUUAUCGAAUCAACAAUGAUCUGAUUUCUACUGAAUAAUAAUGGUUUACUAUUGUCUUUUUAGAGCUGCUUUACAGCAGAAUUGAAUUCGGUUUGCAUCUUUGAAUUAUUUGUUUAUGGCUGUAAAGCUGCUCUGAAACAAUCUCUAUUGUAUAAAGUGCUAUAUAAAUAAAGGUGACUUUGCU